AUGAGUUCUGCUAUUGAAGAAUUUGAGAAAAGAAUAUCUCAUUUGGAGUAGGAGUUCAAUAAGAGUCGGAAGGAGGGCAUUAAUAAAAUAGCUGAAUUUGCAGCAGCUAAGUUCGGCUAGAAUAUUGAAAUAUAUUUCCCAAAGUUUGCUAUGCUAUAUGAUGAUUUUCAUGGAUUCAAACAGAGUUCAACUCAAGAAUACGAAUUACUUCGUAGAGGAGUCAGAUAGGAGUCAUCAGGUACCACUGCUAAGAUUGAGCAGAUUAAACUGGAUAUAGACAAGUUCAAAUAGUCUGUUCUGUUUUAAUAAAAAAGCAUUACUGAUUCUCCUAUUUUUGUAGAUUUGCAAGAUUAAGUUAGAAACUAAAUUAACGAACUUGAGUAAGUUAAAAUGCGCAUCAAGAAUAUGCCUACUGCUGAGAAGAUGGAGACAGUUGAUAUGAGAUUCAGAGAGUACAUCAGCUAUGAAUAGUUUAAGGAUUUUUAAAAUGAUUUGCCGAGAAAAUUUUGCACCCAAGAUUAAGCCAAAGAAUUAAAGGAUGCAAACACCAGAUGUGAUAUGAAGUUCAAGCUAUUUGUAUCUCAAGAAGAUCUUAGAAAAGCCUUGAUACAAGUGGACACUAAUAUUGAAAAGAAGUUAGCCUAAAGAGUUUCUUAAGAAGAGCUGAGUGAUGGACUGCAAGCAUUAGACGAAACAAUCACUGAGAAGAUAAAUUCAUUUUAGUCCACUCUGAACACAAAUAAAAACAUAUUUGCAUAGUUCAAUAGAGACUUUACUCACAUCCAAGAUGAUUUGAAGUACCUAGAUGAGUAAGUUCAAAAGCGAAUGGAAAUUGAAGAUGGCGAUCGCCUAUGGAAUAACUUCAGGAAAUUCUGCAAGUUUGAUGACCUAAAAGAUCUAUAUAAUAAAACAGUCCCAGAAAUUCAAAAGUUUGAACAGAAAAUCAUUGAUUUUACUCAGGAGAUGGAGAAAAGCAGAAUUAUGAUAAGGAGAUUCGAUGAAGUAAUAAGUGAAAAAGCUAGUAAGCUCAACAUAAAAGAGGUCUAUUAACAUAUUCAAGCGACUACCACUCCACUAACUGAAUUCCAAAUCAUUAGUAAGCAAUAUCAAGAAAAGCUGGAUAAAGAUCAAGGAAGGAUAAAAAAUAUUGAGGAAAUGAUAGAUAUUCUUGGCAAGCAGAUAUCAAAAGACAUAUAUCAAGCGGUAAGGAGAGCAACUCAUCAUUUGACUAAGUAGACUGAUGGGUAAACUAAUAUAACUGAUAAUUCAUCUUCAUUCGAAGAAAUUAAAUAGCAGAUGAAUAUAAAGGUAGACAGGCAGGAACUCUAAGAUAUAGCGAACUAAAAGUCAAAUAAAAAAGAUACGGAAUUGUCGCUUAGAUGGAUUGAUAUUAUUCAUAAGCAACUUAAGUAAAUUGCUAUACUAAUAACCGAAAUACUAAAAUAAGAUUUGGCGCCUUCAAAUACAUAGACAAAUCUUGAGCAUUCCAAAUAGAACACUAAGGCCUUUUUAUUUCAGCAAGCACUCUUGAUUUCUCAGUGGAUGAGCAAGUUUGACUCAGAGAAUAUCAAUGAGUACUAUGAUUCCCAGUAAAUGCCUUCUGAGGUGGAGGCCUUUGAGAAGUAUGUCUAAGAAAGUUUACAAAACGUAGAUGGACUUCUUCUGAGUCCGAACAAUUUCAACCUAAAUCACAACAUCAAACUGAAAUCAAAAAGUGUGGUAUCGAAUAAAAAUGCUCCCACAAAUAUUAUGAUUGUGAAUAAUAGGAUCAACUAUGGAUCAGAGAGAAGGGCUAAGAGCAAAAAUCUUAUGAGUAAGAUGAAUAUGACUUUGAACAUCCAUGGAGGAAUGAACUCAGGAACUGGUAUUGUAUAAGAAUUUGAUCCUCUAAUAAAAACAAACAGCUCUUUUUCUAACAAGAAGGACUCAAGGUAUUACUUAGUAAAGUCUUCAUUGCAGGAGACGGCUUCUGAAUCUUUGCAAAAAAGUAAGAUCAAGUUUCAUAGAGAUAAGCUUAGAUUAGACUAUGGCUCGUUAACAGCUGUAAACUCACCAAGAAACAAUAAGGAAAGUCUUAGUCAACUAAUCAAUGAAAAGUUUGGAACAAAAAAUGAUUACCAGCAUCCUUUAAAGCUUAUUACAUUGCAUGAAACCCAUAGAAAGUAGAGUAUGGGAGAUGAAUUUAUACAUUCAGAUUAAAAUUCAUUUGAGUAAUCGACUACUUUGCGUCUAACUCCCAUAAAUCUACCUGGAAUCAGAUGA